AUGAUGAAGACGAUCCUGGUAUUCCUGUUGAUCUCGUGCCUGGCCAUGUGCCUAGCCAAUCCGCUAGACAAGCUCGAGAAGCUCAACGUCCUGGAGCAGCAGUCCACGACGAUAACAGACCGCGCCAAGUACGAGGAGGAGCUCCUCCGCAAGCUGAACUCGAACUGCUCCCAGAACCACCUGAGCAGCUGCGUGAUGCUGAAGCUGGUGACGAACAUGAACAAGUUUCUGAAGAAGGCGUCGAUCGAACUGACGGACGACAUCGAGAUCAGAAAAACCAGCCAGGUGACGGAGGAGGCGGUCGCGUUCGAGGCUGGCAGGAGCAAAGACGACGAGUCCGAGGUCCUCGACCUUGUCGCGAACAAGGUGUACGCGUUCAUCAAGUCCAGGAGCAUCAAGUGGAGGAUCCUGCCCGAGGACGACGUCGUCGUGUCGGCCUCAGAGGACGAAAACGGAUCGCUGAACCUCAGCCUGUCCAUAGAACGGGCUGACAACGUUGCUGUUCAAGAUGGUCGCGGGAAGAAGAACAAUAACAUGGGCCCGUUGAUCGCUGCGGCCGUAUUGAAGAUCGGUCUGAUCGGUGGUCUGGCGUUUAAAGCCCUGGCGUUGCUCGUGGGCAAGGCGUUGCUCCUGUCGAAGAUAGCUCUUCUUCUGGCGGGUAUAAUCGGUCUGAAGAAGCUGUUCUCGCAGCAGAAGCACGUCACGUACGAGGUGGUCGCCCAUCCUCACCACAGCUCCAGCCACGCCAUCAGCGCGGAACACGGCCACGGGGACAGCUACUCCAGCGGAUGGGCGAGGAGCUUCCACCAAAGUCCCAUUCCUGGACAAACGGACGCCCACGAUUUGGCCUACUCGGCGCACGCGAAGUGA